UUUUGCACCUGACAGCACUGAGGACAGCGGAGAAGAACAAUCAUAGUUUACUCCUCAAGUGGAGUGUGGACGGUCCAGGAGUGAAGUAUUUGCUGGAGCAAACUACUGCUUUUGCACAAGGUUCCUUAGAAAGAGAGCUUGGACGGCAUGCAAAGUAGUGAAAUACCUGCAGAGAGCACUGAUGACCCUCUUAGUAGUGGCCUACGGAGAAAACGACAGCCGCGAAUAGUAGUUAUCGGCGCUGGUCUCGCGGGUCUCUCUGCGACGAAAACUCUCCUGGAAAACGGUUUCACGGAUGUGACUGUCCUCGAAGCGUCUGACCGGAUCGGAGGCCGAGUACAAAGCGUGAAGCUUGAAAACGCCACUUUUGAACUGGGAGCUACGUGGAUCCACGGUUCCAAUGGAAACCCAGUCUAUCAUCUAGCAGAAGAUAAUGGCUUACUUGAAGCGACGACGGACGACGAGAGGAGUGUGGGCCGCAUCAGCCUGUACUCCAAGAAUGGGGUGGCUUACCACCUCACCAACAGUGGUCAAAGGAUCCCGAAAGAUGUGGUUGAAGAAUUCAGUGAUUUAUACAACGAGGUCUAUAACCUGACUCAGGAGUUCUUCCAGAGUGGUAAACCAGUCAAUGCCGAGAGCAGGAACAGCGUGGGGGUCUUCACGCGAGACGUUGUGCGCAAGCGCGUCAAAGCUGAUCUCGAUGACUCGGAGGCGGUCAGGAGGCUAAAACUCGCCAUGAUUCAGCAAUACCUUAAGGUGGAAAGUUGCGAGAGCAGCUCUCACAGCAUGGACGAAGUUUCGCUCAGCGAAUUCGGGGAGUGGACCGAAAUCCCCGGGGCCCACCACAUCAUCCCGUGUGGCUUUAUGAAGAUUGUGGAGAUCUUGUCCCGUUCCAUCCCAGAGCAGGUCAUCCAGCUGAAGAAGCCCGUCAAAUGCAUCCACUGGAACCAGUCCAUCAGCCAGGAGAUCGAGCGCGUGGCCGACCACAACAGUGACCGCAUGGAGGAAGACGACGCGGGCUACCACGUCUUCGUGGAGUGCGAGGACUGCGAGUUCAUUCUGGCUGACCACGUCAUCGUGACGGUGUCCCUGGGAGUCCUGAAGAAGCACCACGAGAACAUGUUCUAUCCCCGGCUGCCGGAAGAGAAGGUCUUGGCCAUUCAGAAGCUGGGCAUCAGCACCACGGACAAGAUAUUCUUGGAGUUUGAGGAGCCCUUCUGGAGCCCCGAGUGCAACAGCCUCCAGUUUGUUUGGGAAGAUGAGGCCGAGGCGGAGAGCCUCACCUACCCGGAGGAGCUGUGGUACAAGAAGAUCUGCAGCUUCGACGUCCUCUACCCGCCGGAGCGCUACGGCCACGUGCUGAGCGGCUGGAUCUGUGGGGAAGAGGCCCUGAUCAUGGAGAAGUACGACGACGAAACCGUGGCAGAGACCUGCACUGAGAUGCUGCGUAAAUUUACAGGGAAUCCAGACAUUCCGAAACCUCGGCGGAUCCUCCGAUCCUCUUGGGGCAGCAAUCCCUACUUUCGUGGCUCCUAUUCCUACACUCAGGUCGGGUCGACCGGAGCAGACGUGGAGAAACUUGCAAAGCCAUUGCCUUAUACUGAGAGCUCCAAGACGGUUCCUAUGCAGGUGAUGUUUUCAGGAGAGGCCACCCACAGGAAGUAUUAUUCCACUACCCAUGGUGCUUUGCUUUCUGGCCAGAGAGAGGCGGCUCACCUCACUGAAAUGUACCAAGACCUCUUGCAAUGCAGGAACUGAGAGGCCCUGGGAUUUCAGAAGAACCAACUAACUCGUGAUUCCUUUUACAGUUGCGCGUCUAAAGGAUUCUUUUUCUUUUUCCUUUCUUUUUAAAAAAACAAACAAAACAAAACUAAUAAUAGCAACAUUUUUAUCUUUUUAUAUUAAAAAAGAGUCUUAACCAUUUUAACCUGUAGUUGGCUGAUUGUAGGUUUUUUUCUUUUCUUCCAUGUACUGUAUUGUUAGCAGGAACGGGCGCUCUUCCUUCCUGCCUGGGUGAAAGCUGUUUCUUUUCGUGUAAUUUGAUUUCUGAUUGCACCUCUGGUGCUGCUUUUGGAGGUCUCUCUCUCUCUCUCUCUCUCUCUCUCUCUCUCUCUCCUUCCCUCCCUCUCCCCCCCACCCACCCACAUGGUAUUGUAAGUGCCUUCUAUAUUUCAAUAAA